CUACGCUUGCAUUUAAAUCAAGAUAUUAUUUCCCCCAUUUGAAGAUAUUGUUUAUACAUAUAUAAAACCAAAAGUAAUAUUUUUCUUUUUUAUUUAAAAAAAAAAAACAAAAAAAAGUGAUGAUGGCAUGUAUGUACAUAUAUGUGAUUGUAAUUGACAUUUGGAGAAAAUUGAAAAGCAUGCACAACCUUCCCCUUCUCGGCUUCUCCUACUUCUCCAACUAGUCAUUCUAUAGCUCGGUCUCCUCAACCUCGACAUCAUCUAAAUCCUCACUCCUUCUUCCAUCUUACAUUCUUCUUUCUCGCCGGAAUUUCCCUCCUCCGGCCACCGCCGGAAUCUUCAGAUGGGGGAUCAAACGAAUCACCCGGAGUCAAAAAUUGAGGAGGAAAUGGAGAGAGUGGUAGAGCAAAUAAAACAAUUGCAGGAAGCAGCAACUUCUUUGAUUUCCAUGUCAUCGAGAGAAGAGAAAGUCCUUCAACAACGUGCUCUUUCACUCGAUGCAUCCAUAGUGAAACUUCGUUCCUCCAUCAGUUCUCUCACGAUGGAUGGUUGCAUAGAUGCCACGCUAGCUGAAAAGCUUGAAGAUGAGUUGAAUAGAGCAAAAUGCAUUCUUGUUGAUGGAGAUGCUUCAUCUUUUCUUGCUGGCAAAGUUGACAGUCGGUUCUUGAAGAUGUUUCUUGGUCCAAUUAACGUGCGAGCCAUUAGGAAGGAUGUGCAGUUUAAAGUCAAAGAGGAGUAUAAUAGCUACAAGGAUAGAACUGCCUGUUUGUUUCUUCUUUUGCCAUCAAUGCUACUAUUUCUUAGAUCUUGGAUGUGGGAUGGCUGCAUGCCUGCUUUUCCAGUUCAAUUGUAUCAGGCUUGGCUUUUAUUCCUGUACACAGGUUUGGCUUUGAGAGAAAACGUCUUAAGAGUGAAUGGGAGUGACAUUCGUCCAUGGUGGAUUUAUCAUCAUUACUGUGCAAUGGUAAUGGCACUUGUGAGCCUUACUUGGGAAGUAAAAGGCCAACCUGACUGUGCUCAGAAGCAGAGAGGGGUUGAACUUUUCCUACAAUGGGCUAUGAUGCAAGGAGUUGCAAUGCUAUUGCAAAACCGUUACCAACGGCAAAGGCUGUACACUCGCAUUGCACUAGGAAAGGCAAAGAGAAUGGAUGUUGUGUGGGGAGAAUCAACUGGAGAGCGUGGCCAGCUUUUGCUGCUUUGCCCCAUUCUUUUCAUUUUGCAGGGCUUUGAGGCAUAUGUUGGAUUGCUGUUGCUUCGAACUGCAUUUGCUGGGGUUGAAUGGCAGGUUGUCUUCUGUGGAUUUCUCCUGGUUUUGAUGGCAGUCGGGAAUUUUGUAAACACGGUGCAAAGUUUGCUUGUCAAAUCGCGGUUUAAAGCAAAGAUGAAAAGGACUAAAAGUAAGCAGCAGAUAGAUUAGGAAUGAAUUUUCUGAAAAGUUUUGAUAUUCUCAUACUAGUUUUUAUUUUCUCCUUUUAAAAAUGUAUAUUCUCAGUUCGUUGGUUGUGUGAUGCUUUGGUCAUUCCGUAGAUUUGCUAAAGGUACAUCAAAAGAAAAGAAAAGAAUAAUUAAGAAAAGGAUAUCGACAUGUAUGAUUGUUAAUUUACAACAAACUACUUUCGUUUUUUAGAUUCGACUGAAAUUGUAUCAGUGAAUAAUGAGAUGGGUAUAUCCCAAUAUUGACUUUAAUGUAUUCAUUCUUGCUACUUAUUUGUA